GAUCUACACAGCCGCAUGGUCCCAUAAUAUCCAACUAGUCCAUUAGAUGAUUUUAUGAUUACGGAGCACUUAACCAUGCCCCCUCGCCGCUGUCCAUUCUGCGACAUCGCCGCCACACACCCACCAACCCCCACCUCAGCAUACCUCCCUAGACCAGACCAAGAGUCACAACCAACAAUACCACCAUCGACAUCAACACUAAGCCCGGGAGAAGAAGGUCACGCCUUUCUCGUUCUUUCAACGAAGUAUGUCUUGGCCUUUCUGGACAUUAUGCCCCUGACGGCGGGCCAUCUCCUCGUUGUCCCGAGAGAGCACCAUGGGAAAUUGUCAGAGGUUGGAGUGAGGAUUAGUCGUGAGCUGGGUCAAUGGCUCCCCAUCCUCUCGCGCGCGGUGAUGAGGACCAUAUUUGGGGAAAGCACAGAGGCAAAUCCUAAUACGGACGAGAGCUGGAAUUGGAAUGUUGUUCAAAACAAUGGCGUGGGCGCCGCACAAGUCGUCCCACACGUGCACUUCCACAUCGUGCCUCGACCGCCCCUCGGUGCGGCGAGUACAUCUGCGAAGAUGAGCUUCAUUAUGUUUGGGAGAGGGCAGCGGGAUGACUUGGAUGACGACGAGGCGGAGAAGCUGGCGGGGGAGUUGAGGGGGGAGGUGGCGAGGGAGGUGGCUCGGAUUCGGGAGGCGGAGGGGAUUGAUUUGGAUGCUGUUGAUGAGGGUGGGAAUGGGAGGGGGAGGUUAUGAAUCAGUUACGAGGUAAGUAUUCGCUGAAUAUUGGGUCUACGUUAGACAAUAUAGGUAGAGUAUAAUUUGAAAUGUGGGUGUGGAUUCUAUUACCUUGUCUGCUUUUUUUAUCUUAUAUCCUCUAUAAUAUACUGACAUCCUUCCAGAAGUGCAUUUUACCUGGCAGUCAGAUCUCCCGGAUAUAAGACUCAUGCAUAUCAUUGUGGAGAGAAUGGAAUUUUUGUGGCGGCUUUUGGAGUGUCGAGUUUCAUGAACCACUGGAAACCUGUCAGUUCUAGGCCCAAAGCCAAAUGUAAAUAGAGCCUAACUAGAUAUACCUUUCUUCUGAACGGAUUUAGUU